ACAAACUUCUGGUUAGGAGACGACUACCCGGAGCCCACGGCCUCUGCCCACCAUGAGGGGGACCUGUGUCAUUGCAUGGCUGUUCUCAAGCCUGGGGUGGUGGAGACUCGCCCAGCCAGAAACAGACGCAUCUCGGUGCCAGAGAACAGAGCACCCGGUCAUUUCCUAUAAAGAAAUUGGCCCCUGGUUACGGGAGUUCAGGGCGAAGAACGCUGUGGAUUUCUCGCAGUUAACAUUUGACCCAGGACAGAAAGAACUUGUGGUAGGAGCAAGAAACUACCUCUUCAGGUUACAGCUUGAGGAUUUGUCUCUGAUCCAGGCCGUGGAGUGGGGAUGUGACGAAGCCACCAAGAAGGCCUGUUACAGUAAGGGCAAAUCAAAGGAGGAAUGUCAGAACUACAUCCGGGUGCUUUUGGUGGGUGGCAACCGGUUAUUUACCUGUGGGACCAAUGCUUUCACGCCUGUCUGCACCAACCGCUCGUUGAGCAACCUGACCGAGAUCCAUGAACAGAUCAGUGGCAUGGCCCGCUGUCCCUACAGUCCCCAGCACAAUUCCACGGCUCUUCUCACGGCCGGCGGGGAACUCUAUGCCGCCACGGCCAUGGAUUUUCCCGGCCGGGAUCCUGCCAUUUACCGAAGCCUGGGCAUCUUACCUCCUCUCCGCACAGCGCAGUACAACUCCAAGUGGCUCAAUGAACCGAACUUCGUGUCAUCUUACGACAUUGGAAAUUUCACCUACUUCUUUUUCCGAGAAAAUGCCGUGGAGCACGACUGUGGGAAAACCGUGUUCUCCAGAGCUGCCCGGGUCUGCAAGAAUGACAUCGGGGGACGAUUCCUGCUCGAGGACACCUGGACCACGUUCAUGAAGGCCCGCCUGAACUGCUCCCGGCCCGGGGAGGUUCCCUUUUACUACAAUGAGCUGCAGAGCACUUUCUUCCUGCCCGAGCUGGAUCUGAUCUAUGGCAUCUUUACCACUAACGUGAACAGCAUCGCUGCCUCGGCCGUGUGCGUCUUCAACCUGAGCGCCAUCUCCCAGGCCUUCAACGGGCCCUUCAAGUACCAGGAGAACUCGCGCUCCACCUGGCUACCGUAUCCCAACCCCAACCCCAACUUCCAGUGUGGCACAGUGGACCAGGGCCUGUACAUGAACCUGACGGAAAGGAACCUGCAGGAUGCUCAGAAGUUCAUCCUGAUGCACGAGGUGGUCCAGCCCGUGACCUCGGUGCCCUCUUUCAUGGAAGACAACAGCCGCUUUUCCCACGUGGCCGUCGACGUGGUGCAGGGCAGGGACAUGCUUGUCCACAUCAUCUAUCUGGCCACCGACUAUGGCACCAUUAAGAAGGUGCGGGCGCCCCUGGGCCCGGAUGGCCACAGCUGUCUGCUGGAGGAGAUCGAGCUCUUCCCCGAGCGGCGCGGGGAGCCCAUCCGGAGCCUGCAGCUCGUCCACAGCCGGAGCAUCCUGUUCGUGGGCCUGCACGGGCACGUGGCCAGGAUCCCGCUCAAGAGGUGCGGGAGCCACCGCACCCGCAGCGCCUGCAUUGGGGCCCAGGACCCUUACUGCGGCUGGGAUAUGGUGAUGAAGAAAUGCACGAGCCUGGAGGAGAGCCUCAGCAUGACGCAGUGGGAGCAGAGCGCCUCCAGUUGUCCCACGAGGAAUCUCACCGUGGACGGGCACUUUGGCGCGUGGUCUCCGUGGACGCCCUGCACGCACACCGAUGGCAGCGCCGUGGGAUCCUGCCUGUGUCGCACCCGCUCCUGCGACAGCCCGGCCCCCCAGUGCGGAGGCUGGCAGUGCGAGGGUCCCCGCAUUGAGAUCGCCAACUGCUCCAGGAACGGAGGCUGGACCCCCUGGACCCCGUGGUCUCCGUGCAGCACGAGCUGUGGGAUCGGCUUCCAGGUGCGCCAGCGGUCGUGCAGCAACCCCACCCCCCGGCACGGGGGCCGCGUGUGCGUGGGGCAGAACCGCGAGGAGAGGUACUGCAAUGAGCAUUUGCUGUGUCCCCCGCACAUGUUCUGGACAGGCUGGGGUCCUUGGGAGCGGUGCACGGCCCAGUGCGGGGGCGGCAUUCAAGCUCGCCGCAGGACCUGCGAGAACGGACCUGACUGCGCCGGCUGUAACGUGGAGUACCAACCCUGCAAUAUCAACCCAUGCCCCGAGCUGAAGAAGACCACACCCUGGACGCCCUGGACGCCGGUCAACAUCUCAGACAACGGGGGCCACUAUGAGCAGCGAUUCCGCUACACUUGCAAAGCCCGCCUGCCGGACCCCAAUCUGCUGGAAGUGGGAAGACAGAGAAUCGAGAUGCGGUAUUGUUCCAGUGACGGCACCAGCGGCUGCUCUACAGACGGCCUUUCUGGUGAUUUCCUGCGUGCCGGGAGAUACUCAGCCCACACCGUCAACGGGGCCUGGUCAGCCUGGACGUCGUGGUCCCAGUGCAGCCGCGACUGCAGCAGGGGCAUCCGGCACCGGAAGCGGGUUUGCAACAACCCCGAGCCCAAGUAUGGGGGCUUGCCUUGCCUGGGUCCUUCCCUGGAAUACCAGGAAUGCAACAUUCUGCCCUGCCCAGUGGAUGGCGUGUGGUCUUGCUGGUCCCCCUGGUCAAAGUGCUCGGCGACCUGUGGCGGUGGACACUACAUGAGGACCCGCUCGUGCACAAACCCAGCGCCGGCCUACGGAGGAGACAUCUGCCUGGGGCUACAUACGGAGGAGGCUCUCUGCAACACGCAGCCCUGCCCCGAGAGCUGGUCGGAGUGGUCAGACUGGUCUGAGUGUGACGUGUCUGGAGUCCAGGUCCGUGCCCGCCAGUGCAUCCUUCUGUUCCCUGUGGGCAGCCAGUGUUCUGGAAACACCACGGAGAGCCGGCCGUGUGUCUUUGAUUCCAAUUUCAUCCCAGAAGUAUCUGUGGCAAGAUCCAGUAGUGUAGAAGAGAAGAGGUGUGGGGAGUUCAACGUGUUCCACAUGAUCGCCGUGGGGCUGAGCAGCUCCAUCCUGGGCUGCCUCCUGACACUACUCGUCUACACCUACUGCCAGCGGUACCAGCAGCAGUCCCACGAUGCCACUGUCAUCCAUCCCGUCGCUCCCGCCCCUCUCAACACCAGCAUAACCAACCAUAUUAACAAACUGGACAAAUAUGACUCCGUGGAGGCCAUCAAGGCAUUUAACAAAAACAACUUGAUCCUAGAGGAAAGAAACAAAUACUUCAACCCGCAUCUCACUGGGAAGACCUAUUCUAAUGCCUACUUUACAGAUCUCAACAAUUACGACGAGUACUAAUAGCUGUUAUAUUUUUGGCUUCUUGUAAUUCCCCAGUUCCUCAAGGCCCGUGCUCCAUGACUGCCCAUGUUUCCAAGGCUUCACAGUUGAAGUUUGGAUACAUUUCAAGUGCAUUUCAAGCCACGAGUUUCCCAUUGCUGCCAAAAACAGACAUCCUUAAAAGCAACACAGAUCUAAAUAUGAUGUCUUGAAAAUCUGGUCUAAAUGCUUGAUCAUUGUUGAAUGAGCCAUGGUGUGAAGCUUCGUUUUGUUUUGUUUUAUUGUGUUCAGUCCAUUUUUCCUAACAAGUCACUUGUUUUCUUGAGCUUUUUAAUAAAUGUACCACCCACAUGGGAAGGAGUCUUUAGAAAUAGGAAUGUCUUCCUGCUCUUAAACAUAAAUCUUUACGAUGUUUUAAUUCAAGAAAACAGACACUUCAGCUGAGAGUCCCCGUUCUCCAUAAGGGAGUGUCAGGUUUAUAAGUAUUUGAUAAAAUGAAGAAGAUGAAUGUGGCCAUAGUUAUUUCCCAUGGAUCUCCCGUCUUCCCAAUCUGGAUAAUUCUGUGGCAUCCUUGGAAGCAACUUGUGUGUUUGGACUUGGAAUGGUUCCUGCCUAGGGACAAACAGGGAGUCACCCUGGCUUAUAUCCACCAAAGCGAUGUCAUGAGGUAUGACACACUCUUCCCCUGGUCAUGAUGGAGUUACUGUGAAACCCCGGUGGAGGUGAGUGUACAGACCAGACGCACAGACUCCAGGAAGGGUCCAGCAUUCUGCGUGAUGAGCUGCAAGGCCAGCCACAGUCUCCUGGAUCUCACAGCACUCCUGGGAGCUCCUGGCCAUGCAGCUGGCCUAGAAGCCCACCCGCCCAGAAUCCCACCCGUCCAAUCCAUAGUAGCAUCCUGAAGAGACAAUCUGUAAAACCAUUACUUGCUCAACACUUGGAUAUACUCCACACCUGCUCUGUCCCUACAAAGAAAACCCUUAAAUAUUCGUGGCACCAAUGAGGGAAAGCAUUAAAAAUACUGAAAUGUAAUGGAAACCAACUUUUUUUUUUAAUCUUCCAUGUUGCGGAAAGGAUUGAAAGACCUGACAUUUAAUGAAAAGCAACUUUCUAUUUUCUGUCUCCUGAUAAAACGAGCGUAUGGCCAUCAGCCCCUUCCCAGAGCAUUACAGACGUGCAAAGCUGGCUUUCCGCACCCCGGCGCUGUACAUAGCGGAGUGCUCCCCAAGCCGCCCUUGGCUGCCUCCAGGUCAGGUGGGGAGGAGACAUUCAGUUCUGGUGCCUUUGGCUUCUGUCUCAGUGCUGCCUUCCUCCACCCCCCCUCCCCCU